GUUUGGUAUUGGGACGGUCGCGUCCGGGCUGCCCGGGGCUGGUCUGAGUAUUUGGGUCUCUGGUGACGGGUAGAGGCGGCCGCAGGCUCAGGACCUGCUCGUUUACGCCUCGGACGCCACGGGCUGACCUUGGCCGCUGCUCGUUGGCUGUUCUUGCUGACCUUGGCCGCUGCUCGUUGGCUGUUCUUGCUGACCUUGGUCCAGGGUCGGAGCCGAUGGCAGCUUGGGCCGCCGUCAGCCUGAGCAGGGUCGCUGCCCGGUGCUUGCUGGGGGCGCGAGGCCCCGGGGUACAGGCGGCUCUUCCGCCCACCCUCGCGGCUUCCCAGCCUGAGCCCACGGGCUGUACCCCCACUCUGGGCAGGACGCUGCACCUCACCGCGGCGGUCCCCGCCGGGCACAACAAGUGGUCCAAAGUCCGGCAUAUCAAGGGUCCCAAGGACGCCGAAAGGAGUCGCAUCUUCUCCAAACUCUGUUUGAGCAUCCGCCUGGCAGUUAAAGAAGGAGGCCCUAACCCUGAGCACAACAGCAGUCUGGCCAACGUCUUAGAGGUGUGUCGCAGCAAGCACAUGCCCAAGUCAACGAUUGAGGCAUCGCUGAAAAUGGGGAAAACCAAGGAUGUUUAUUUGCUGUAUGAGGGCCGAGGCCCUGGUGGCUCUUCUUUGCUCAUUGAGGCAUUAUCUAACAGUGGCUCCAAGUGCUAUUCAGACAUCAGACAUAUCCUGAACAAGAAUGGGGGAAUGAUGGCUGAUGGAGCUCGCCACUUUUUUGACAAAAAGGGGGUGAUCGUGGUUGGAGUGGAGGACAGAGAGAAGAAAGCUGUGAACCUAGAGCGUGCCCUGGAGCUGGCAAUCGAAGCAGGAGCUGAAGAUGUUAAGGAAACUGAAGAUGAAGAGGAAAAGAACAUUUUUAAAUUUAUUUGUGAUGCCUCUUCACUGCAUCAAGUGAGGAAGAAGCUGGACUCCCUGGGCUUGUAUUCGGUGUCCUGUUCACUAGAAUUCAUCCCCAAUGCAAAGGUGCAGCUGGCUGACCCCGACCUGGAGCAGGCCGCCCUUCUCAUCCAGGCUCUUGGCAGCCAUGAGGACGUGAUCCAGGUCUAUGACAACAUUGAGUAACCAGGCUCUGUGUGCCCCCGGAGGCCUUCCUAGGCAACUUGCAGCUCAUUCUGGAGCACAGGCUUCUGCAGCGACUCUGAGACUGAAGCAGAUUGGAGGCCUAGCAGGUUAGGAGGCAUAAAACCAAGACCUGCAGCUUUUUGGCCAAGGGAAUCACCAUCUCUGUGGGGCCUCUUUGUCAGCUCUGCUGGUGUCUCAGAGCCCUCCUGGGUACAGGGUGGAGCCAGCCAGCUAACCAGACUCCCUGAUCUUAGUAAGUUGUCCCUUGUGGGCAUGGCAAGUGCCCUGAGGGCCUUUGUACUAGAAAUUGCUCUUAAAUAAUGUAACUGAUCUGAGUUGCUAUACUCCUGUUGUGUGACUCUUGAGUUUCCUGGGUUUUUGUCCAGCUGUGGGGAUGCUCUUGACUUCCUUUGAAGUCUAUAGGUUGAGUUCCACUACUCCAGUCCCAGGCCUUUUUUUUUUUUUUUUUUUUUUUUUCGACCAGAGAAAUGUAGCUCUCUACAGGCACCACUCUGUACUCUAAUGCUGGUCUGGUGGCCUAAGCCUGUCAUUAAUCAUGCAGAUAGUAUUUGUCAAAAUACCUGUGUAUCAGGAACUGUACUUAACCAGGAGCACAAGCUGUUUAGUUGGUGCCGUUAGAUCCUGCUCUAAGACAUAGGACCUCAGAGGUCAGACACAAGACUGCCGUCUGCUGCAACUACCCUAGGGCAGUGUGAACUGCUGUGCACGUGUCCGUGUUCUCUUCUUGUGGCCUCUGUGCCCUCCUUCGCCAGACAGCUUAAGGCUCUAACACAGUAGGAAAUCAAGUGCCAAUGAUAAGGGACUCCCAGGCCCUGCUUCACACAGGCCCCAUGUGUUCUGAGAUUGGUCAGAGCAGACCUGUCAGCAGAUUGGACUGCUCUCAGGAAAGGCUACGCCAAGCUGGCUUUGAAAGCUACUUGAUCGCCAGAAUGCCCACCCUAGCUCCUUUUCAUCCCUGCUGCCAAAUGAUGCGGCACUGGGAACUGGAGAGGAAAUGAGAGUAGAAGGAGGGUGAAGGACUGAGUCAGAGCCUGGCCAGCUGGGAAAGAGGACCCUUCAUACCUUUGGCUCCUAAGUGUCACUUUUGGGUUUAGAGAGACCAGGAGUGCCAGUCACCUGUGCCGGGGCCCGUCACACGUCAGGCCUGGAGUGGCUUUUUGAUCAUUUAUUCUCCCUUAAUUCGUUCUGUACUAGGCAGGACCCAGAAGACUUGUUCAUCAGGUGGAGAAGGGGCCCUUUGUCCCAUUUUUCCCUUCUAGAGCCAUAUGAUGUCCAGGUCUUACAAUGUAGCACCAAGACUGGAAUCUUAAAUGAUGAGCAACGUCUUUGCAUCCACUAAACUGCAAUCAGGGCAGAAAGAAGGGGAUGGAGAUAUGUUUGGAUUUUUCCCUUGCCUGGUGGUAGCUACAUAUUCUCCUUCAGAAGUAUGUAUGUCUAUAUUCCAAAGGCUGGGUGAGAAAUGGCUUUUUGAUCCCUGUUAUUCACCUACUCAUAAGUCGUGUAAGCCAGUUCUGAGGUCGGAGUAAUUUUCCUGAAGGAGCUUCAGGUAAAUGAGGAGAACAAAAACCAAAUUGGCUGGCUAUAAAUAUUCAGCUUCUGGGAAAAACAGAUUACUAAUUCCAUGAUGACUUUAACAGUUGGAGAGCAAAGGCUAAGGAAAGAAAAACCAAUGAAAUAACCCACGAAAUGCCAAAGCAUAUCUCUUAUACCUAAUUUCAUAAUCAUGAUACCACCUGGCAUUCUUUAGUUUUUUUUUUUAAGAUUUAUUUAUUUGUGAGCGAGCGAGCAGGGGGAGGAGCAGAGGGAGAGAGAGAAUCCCAAGCAGGCUCCACACUCAGCGCUGAGCCCAAGGCAGGGCUCGAUCUUACAACCCUGAGAUUAUGACCUGAGCUGAAAUCAAGAGUUGGAUGCUUAACCAACUGAGCCACCCAGGUGCCCCACAUUCUUUAGUUUUUAAAGGAGAUAACUCAUCCAAAUAGUGCACUUUAAAGUUUAAGUACUGCUUUGUAAUUUAUAAGAUACUUUUACAUGUUAUUUAUUUUAUUUUCACAGCAAACCUAUAAAAUAAUCAGGCCAAGUAUUUUAUGCACAAAUGGUCUCAUAGCCAAGCAGGUGAGAAGAGGUCUCAUACUACACCUUACGUUGAUAGACCUUGGUUUAUAAAAAUAGCUGUUUUGUAAAUGUUGAAUAUAAUUAUAAUUUGGAAGAAUCUGAUAAUUUCUGAUCUGAGAAAUCUACACCAGGAGAGUCUGCUCUGGAAGGGAACUUGGCUAUUCAUGUGAAUAGUCCUCUGAUUAAUAGAUAGGAUUUGCUAAUAAGGAUUUUUGUGUAACCAGUUUUCUUACAGCAAGGCUUUGAAUGGCUCUGCACUGACCCCUGGUGGUGCCUUGCAGUCUUUCCUGUGGCUAAUAUGGGAAAAGCAGAAAUGAAGCCUUAUUUGGACCUGUUCUGCCUCUAGGUCUGCUAAAGAGACCCUUAGCUACAUAGGUUAAAUAGUUAAGUAACUGUUUAACUGAAUAGUUAAGUAGAGAGGAUAUGCAUUCUGCCACUAAAAAUUAUUUUUUGAAGAAUAUUUUAUGUCAGGAAAUGUUUACAAUGUAAAGUGGAAAACAAAGAUGUAAAGCUAUGUGUAUAAUAUGGUCCAAAUUUUAAAAAUAUAGUCAUACUUUAUGAACUCUAAAAGAAAAAGACUAGAAGGAAGUGUAUCAGAAUCUCAAAACUGGUUAUCUCUGGGUGGUGAUAUUAUCACUGAGUUUUAUUUUCUAUAAUCAUAUAUUUUAUCAGGGGAAACAUUUUUAAAAAAAGAAAACUAGUCACAUUAUUGUCCAGCUAGGGCGACAGCCGGUGAGAGGCCAGGAAUCAGGCAUACCUUAAACUCCAAAGAAUGAGAUCUGGUCUUGGCUUGGCCUUAUCUUUGGUCAUUGUCUUAGCAGACAAAAUCAUUCAAUGCUUUGCAGCUGGCUUCAGCUCACUUUCAAGUGACCUUUCCAUGGGAUGGGAGUAUUUGUGACAGGUUCCGUCCAUAACCUUGACUCUCACAAGAAGCGUUCAUGUGGUAUGUAGCCACCUUCCCUCUGCCAGAGGCCCCAGCUAAAUCGAACAGGAACCAUGAAGGCUCUGCUUCCAGCCCACAAUGGAAAUUCAGCCAUGGCCUGAGUUACUCUUUGUUUUGUAUGGUUUUGUUUUACUCUCUGAAACUUACAGCACAACAGUCAAUAAAACUUCACACUCGAAGAAACCCCAA